AUGAAGGGAGGGACUCUCCAGAUCAACUGGCAUGACACCAAACCCGUCCUAACCCUAGAUUUUCACCCUCCGUCUGGGCUCCUCGCCACCGGUGGCAACGACCAUGACAUCAAGGUCUUGUGUCCGCUCUCUGAUCUGUUCAUAAUUUGAUGUUUUUUUGGCUCACGGGGACUGUUUCCUUGUAUGAACGGCUACAUACUAUUGUAUGGUUUAGGUUUUUCGCCCAUACGUGAACCGAAUGCUUCUUUCUUCAUGGAAAAAUGUGUUUCUACUCUCAUUUUUUUUAUUUUUCAAAUCCUACCUUCUUACAAGGUUAUUCAUCAAGCAGAUAUGACCCUUUUUUUUGUUCACUUUAUCAGAGUUGGAUUAUAAAGCAUGGGGUUUAAACUCUGAGCUGCAAUGCAGUUGUUGGCACUUGACCUUUCUUUUCCGCAUAUACGAAAUAAACAUUAAGGCCCAAGCGGCAAAAAACGCAGAAAUUUGUCUCGGCAUCUUAAUUAUACCAAGAGUAACGUUCAUUUGCUUGCUUCUUCAUGUACGUUUUUUAAAAAAAAAAUCUCUUGCUUGCAGCUUUGGGCUGUGAUGGUCGUGAAAGAGUCGAAGAAAGGGCCAACAACGACUUACAAAAACAGUCUUUCUUACCACAGUUCUGCUGUAAAUGUGUUACGCUUUUCUCCAUCUGGUGAGGAGAUUUACUACAUUAAUUAUGAAUUUCUUUUGUAAACACUUAGAAAAAUCAUAUAUUUCCAUUAUUUGCUUGACCCAUAUGAAAUGAAGGAGUCCUGGUCAACACACUGUGGUUUCAGAUGAUACAGGAUACCAUGGAUUUCCUUUUUAGACUCCGCUCUUUCCUCUUUCACAUGGUUUGCACCGUACUUAUGAUUUGGCAUAGAGGACAUCCUAUUUCUUCUCUUUUACAUUUAGUUUCAUUGUUUGUACCUGAGAGUGACCUCGAUCUCUUUCAAUCUGCAGGAGAACAUCUUGCUUCAGGUGCCGAUGGUAUGUAUGUUAUUUCAAUAUUUAAAUGUGCUACAGCUCUUUGUUCUUUUUCUCCCUUCACUUUUAAAAAGUGUUAAUGUUAACCUUAGUGAUCAAUAGCAUUUAAAUUGAUCAACCAAUUGACCUUUUUCAUCUGGGGUCUCUAAUUAGUUUUUAAAAUUUUAGGUGGUGAGUUAGUCAUAUGGAAACUGCAUUCAGCAGACGACAUUCCUUGUUGGAAAGUACUGAAAACUCUGUUGUAAGAUUUCCUCCACAGUCUCUCUGGAGCUAUUUGAAUCUACUUUCAUGCGUUAAUUCUCCAGUUGUGUGGCAUUAUCUUAUCAGAUUUCAUCGAAAAGAUGUUAUGGAUUUGCAGUGGUCCCCUGAUGGUGGUUUUCUAAUUUCUGGAUCUAUCGACAACACCUGCAUCAUAUGGGAUGCUAAUAAAGGUAUGCUGAUGAACUCAAACUAUAUGUCAAUUGAUUAUGUGGCAUUUUCAUAGCCUUGCCAUGAAACCAUGCAUCAGGUUCUGUGCAUCAGAUUUUGGAUGGUCAUCUACACUAUGUGCAAGGUGUUGCAUGGGACCCUUUGGGUCAGUUUGUUGCCUCACUUAGUUCUGAUAGAACAUGCCGCAUUUAUGUCAACAAGCCACAGGCGAAAGUGAAAAGUCAUGAGAAACUGAAUUACGUCUGCCAGCAUGUUGUUUCAAAGUCUGAACCUCAAAGGCAAGAUGACGCCAAGGUUUGUGCACACUACAUUUUCAACUACUUCUAGAAACUUAUUGCCCCAUUGAUAAUGAUCUUUUUUCUUUCCAAUUUCUAUCUCUCAGGCUCAGUUACCUAAGGCUUAUCUGUUUCACGAUGAUACAUUGACAUCUUUCUUUCGAAGAUUGGCGUGGUCACCUGAUGGAUCAUUUUUGUUAGUGCCGGCCGGUAUGAUGUGGACUUAUAAUUUUUUUAUUAAAUAUUUUUUUAUUUAUUUCAUAUCAUGGUAAUGCAUCACUUGAACUUUUUUGUGUGAGGAGAAAGCAUGCAAAAAAAAUUAGAUUACUGUUGACUAUGUUUAUUUUCUAACAAUUACCAACUUCUGUUCUUAUCAGAAAGCAUGAUUUGUGCGUGAUGAUAUACACUUACUAUAGGUUGUAAUAAGAAGCAUUUGAAUCUUCAGCUUUUUCCUUGUAAAAUUUGUUUAUCUUCCGAGAUGGAUAUUGGGUAGGCAUAUAUUGUCACAAAAUUAAUGUAUUUGUUCUUAGAUAUUUGCCUGUACAUCACGAAUUGUAUUCCAGAUUUAAUUCUUAUGUUACUGUUUUAAGUUUUUUUUAUUUUUUUAGUUUGAAACUUAUAUCAAUUUUUCUGCACUCUUAAAAUAGAAAAUGUAAGAGAGUAGAAGUUUACAGUUUAACUAUCAUGCUGGUGACGGUGAAUGCUGUAUGUUCUUGUCUUUUUGCUUUUAUUAAUUUUUUUCCACUUUUUACCUUCUGGUGUUCUUAACUUCCAGGUAUUUAUAAACUGUCAUCUAAAUCAGAAGCAGUUAAUACGGCAUAUAUAUUUGCAAGGAAAGAUCUUUCAAGGUGAGAUAUCAUAUUGCUUAUUUUAAUGAAAAAAUCAUAUUCUGUGUGGGAUGAUUAGAAUAUUUUUUUUCAUUAAUAGUUUUCACUAGGCAAUAACUGAUGAUUCUGGGAAAGCUGCUUUAAUUCUUAUAUUUCAUAUAUUGUAAACAAUCAUCUUUUCGUUCCUUCUUAUUGUUCUUGUUGUUCUAAUUUGAUAUACCUGUGUACUGCAUGCUUUUCCAGAGACUAGGGAAUAAUUUGACUGCAUUUUUACUGGAAGCUUAUCCAAUCUUUCUGGAAGAAUAAUGAAAGCCAGCCUAUAAAAAAUUGAUAGAAAAGACUCGCAUCAGGUUGUUGAGAUGUUUUCUUUUUCUUUGUAUACUUCGUGGCUUGUUCGAAUAGGAUCUUUCAACUUUCUUGCAUUAGUCACUGUUUUCCUUGCAUCCCUGCCUUGUUAGAAUAAGUGAUUCAAGUCCAUCGCCUUAACAAUCUCCCUCCUAUGGCACGAAGCAUGAAUGGAAUGGCAUUCUGGUUUCAUUGUUUCUCUUAAUAGCUAAAUUGCUUUUUAUGCACACCUGGGAAACUUUGAGCAUUAUUUUCCACCAUUUAUGGUUAUUGUUCAGUUCAGCAUUUAACUGGGUGAUUAAAAUAAUAUCCUCUAUUAAAGGAUGAAAACAAAUGGGAAAAAACUUGCAGGCCUAGUAUGAAAGAACGAACAAUGAAAAGAAAAUUGUAGGGCUAGUAUUUCAUCCAAGUCGGCUUCUAUACUUUGAAGUAUAUAUCUAUCUAUCUAUAUAUAUAUGUAUAUAUAGUCUUUAAACUCAUGAUCUUGCAGGCCUUCGGUGCAACUGAGGGGAGCUAGUGGACCCGUGGUGGCAGUACGAUUCUGCCCCAUUAUGUUUCAUCUGCGGGGAUCUAACACAGGUACAGGGGAUACAUUCUAGUUGACAUCUGGCGUAUGAUCCAACCUUGUCGUAACGGGUACUGGGUUGACUUUCUUAAUGCAAGCAGCUGGUUCCUUCAAGCUCCCAUAUCGAAUUGUCUUUGCGGUGGCCACCUUGAGUUCCCUCUAUGUCUACGACACCGAGAGCAGCACCCCAGUAGCCAUCUUGGCCGGGCUUCACUACGCAGCCGUCACCGACAUUGCAUGGUAAACGUGCUUCCGUUGCCAUUUCUCCCAUGAUGAUCAGAUCUUAGACAUGAUGCCAUCUGAAUAGGGUUCUUGAUUUUUCUAGGUCACCAGAUGCCAGAUAUCUUGCAGCGUCAUCCAGAGAUGGCUUCUGCACUCUUCUAGAAUUCGAGAACGAAGAACUGGGGUCGCCCAUCUCUACCACAGGUACGAUUAUCAGCCACACUCGACGAUGGCAAGAAAUCCAAAGUCAUUGUUCGUUCAUGUCGAUGAAUCUUUCCAUAUGUUUUCAUGUGUAGAUGAUGUCGAGCAAGCGGGUGAAGAACGCGCAGGUGUUGUGGUGGCUAUGGAGAUUGACAGGGCAGCAGCAGCGCCUGGUUCAGCUGAUGGGGAGAAGGAUUCGAAGCCCAUUGAGGUGAGGCGAGAACCGGUGGUGCCGGCCAAGAGCACGGAUUCGAGUAAGCCUGCCAAGAAGCGGAUCACUCCCGUGGCCAUUGUUUGA